UGCGCGGAAAUGGCGGAAUGGUUUGUCGUCUGCACCAUUCUUGCUGUUUGCAUUGCUGUACUUUCUAUUGUUUUUCCGACGUCAAAAUGGAGAUGAAAGCAAGGAACUUUUGCAUCUUGGUGUCUGCGUCCUCACCGCUCGAGAAAAUCAGGAGCAUCGUUCAACCAUUAGGAGCACCUGGAUGAGAGAUGUCUUGACAAGUGUUGACAGAACUAACAGGACUUUAGUCAGAUUUGUGGUUGGAAAAGAUGCAUGUUCCAUCCAUCCUGAAGACCGUAUAGGCCAGUAUGAUUGCCAGCAAUGGACCCCUGUGAUUACAAAAGAUCUGAAGAAAGAGUUUGCAGCUUUUGUGAAAAGCAAUACUUUAGUUGAAGGAGUAGCAGUGAGUCACCUCCACAUAAAGAUUUUGCACCCAAUUACCCUGAAGAGAAUAGGAAUUCAAGAAAGCCUUACACUUUCGGAUACACCCCAUCUGGUGAUGACAUACAAAAAUGUGGAUGAGGAAGCGCUUGCUGAAGCUCGUUUCAGCCGAAGAGACCAAGGUGUUACACACGAUGGUUUCCGAUACCAGCCUAUUGAACCUGUGAAGCUGGAAAAGGGAACUGAGUUAGAGAUGGCUCUUAUAGAAAGUAGUGACAACAGUCUUCACAGCAACAGGACAAACACCGCCUCGUCUACGAGUGGAAUCCAUGACAGCCACCUCGUGCACAGUGGCCAUGGAGACAGUCUUCAGUCACAAGGCCCAGGUGUUGUUCACAUACAGGGUCUGAACCCUGACGGGACAAGCCUGCGGCUUACCGCAUCUCAAAUCCAGUCCAGGGUGUCUUUCAUGUAUUCCUUGGAUGAUCCCGAGGCGCUGGUGCUGCAUGUUGAGAGGAAGAAGCAGCGGCUGGCGGAGUGGAGGAAGAGGAUGACAGAGGAGGAGGCGGCGCUGAAGGAGGAGGCAGCCCAGCACGGUGACCUGCUCUUUGUGGAUGUUGUGGAUGUGUAUCGGGCUCUACCCUCCAAGCUACUACACUGUCAUGCAUGGUUCGCCCGCCAUUUCCACGCCACGCACGUGCUCAAGACGGACGAUGACGUGUUGCUGGACGUCACCGGUGUCCUGCGGUCCUUGGCCUCGGCUCCGCUCGAUGGAAACACCUUGUGGGGGAAUUUCAGGAGGGACUGGGUGGUGGAAAGAACGGGAAAAUGGCGUGAGCCCGACUUCCCGUCCUCGGUGUAUCCCACCUUCCCCUGCGGCUCUGGCUACGUCGUGUCCCGUAACCUGCACACCUGGCUGGCGGACAACGCCCGACACCUGCAUUCUUUCCAGGGAGAAGACGUGUCCAUGGGCAUUUGGCUGGCGCCGUUGGCACCACGACUGAUUCAGAAAGACAACUGAGCAUGAAGCCUGCAGCUCCUCUCAUUCUUCUGGAAGGGGAAAGUCCCUCCCCUCUCGUAAAAAAGACAAUUUUAUUUCUGACAAAGAUCUUUUGAUUAAAGCAGUGACUGAACACAAAUAAACUGAGUUAUCAAUUUCUUUCUGUCUGUUUGUGUUCAUGUGUCCCUCGUGCUUAUUGUCUGUCCUGAUCAAGUGACCUCUUCUGUUCACUUCUUAAUUCUUCAUCUACCUCCGCGCACUUGCUUCGGGUUUGAUGUAGUGUAAUUUGUUUACUGACACUUGUAGUUAUUGUAUUGUUCACUGUCGGCUCGUUUGUAGU